AUGGAGGAUGAAAUCCACGAUGCUUUGUUCUCUAUGAAUCCAGAAAAAGCUCCAGGACAAGAUGGAAUGACUCCAUUGUUUUUUCAGAAAUUCUGGAAUACUAUUAAAAGUGACAUCAUUCUAGCUAUUAAAGCUUUUUUCACUCAAGCUAAUAAGAAUGAGGCAGUGGAAAUUAUGAAAGUGUUGAAAACAUAUGAAAAUGCCUCGGGACAAUUAGUCAAUCUGGACAAAUCAGCAGUGUUUUUUAGCAAAAAUAUGUACGAUGAGCAGAAGAAGGAGGGUGAAGUUAAUGGUAAGAACAAAAUGGACUGGCUGUCUUGGGAAAGAAUAACAAUGGCAAAAAGUGCAGGAGGUCUAGACUUUAAGGAUAUUGAAACUUUUAAUCAAGCGCUGUCAGGAAAGCAAGUUUGGAGGAUACUUACUAAACCAAAUCUGUUGGUUAGUAAGGUGUUGAAAGCCAGGUAUUCUCCACAGGAGUCCAUAUUACAGUGUAGCCUCUCCAAAAAUGCAUCCUAG